CUGUAAUCUGCCUCAGGCGUUUUCAGUAUACGUAUAUUGAUUCACCAUGAUGCAAUAUAAUGGCUUUAGAUCCCGUGGAUUGGCACGGCCGCUGGAAUCACAUUAAAAAGCUACUGGAACGAGGUGGGCCCUUCGCACAUCCAGACUUUGAAGCCAGCCCGGAGACAUUGGGAUUUAUACUGGAGUCAUGCAAGAUAUUAGUAAUUGGUGCUGGAGGUUUAGGUUGUGAACUUCUCAAAGAUCUGGCCCUUCUUGGGUUUCGGAAAAUUGAUGUCAUUGACAUGGACACAAUAGAUGUCUCCAAUCUCAAUAGACAGUUUCUGUUCAGGAGAUCAGAUGUGGGCAAACCAAAGGCGGAAUGUGCCGCAGCAUUUGUCAACGCCAGAGUGCCUGGGUGUGAAGUUACACCUCAUUAUGCCAAAAUCCAGGACUUUGACAGUUCAUUCUACAGGCAAUUUCACAUAUUAGUAUGUGGUUUAGAUUCUAUAGUUGCCAGAAGAUGGAUCAAUGGGAUGCUGAUCAGUUUGUUAAACUACGAGGAUGGCAUGGUGGACCAGCAGUCGAUCAUCCCCAUGGUAGAUGGCGGCACUGAGGGUUUUAAAGGAAAUGGCAGGGUGAUCCUGCCUGGGAUGACGGCCUGUGUGGAGUGUACUUUAGAGCUGUAUCCACCCCAGGUGAAUUUCCCCAUGUGUACUAUAGCCCACACACCUCGUCUACCUGAACACUGUAUAGAGUAUGCCAGGGUGCUACUCUGGCCACAGGAAAAACCAUUUGGAGAGGAAGUAAACAUAGACGGAGAUGACCCUCAGCACAUUAAGUGGAUAUUUGAGAAGUCGUUGGAGAGGGCCAGGGAGUACCAGAUAACAGGGGUAACGUACCGCCUUACACAGGGAGUAGUCAAGAGGAUAAUCCCUGCUGUAGCCUCCACCAAUGCUGUCAUAUCAGCUGCAUGUGCCACGGAGGUGUUCAAGUUGGCGACCAGUUGCUGUCCCCCGCUGAACAAUUAUGUCAAUUUUAAUGACACGGAAGGAGUGUAUACGUAUACAUUUGAGAUUGAAAGAAAAGAGGACUGUCCCGUUUGUUCUCAAGUGCCACAACCCUUAAACUUCUCAGAGGACUCAAAACUACAGGAAAUAAUUGAUUAUCUCACAGAAAGUACAACUUAUCAAAUGAAGUCUCCUGGCAUAACGACAAUGAUAGAUGGCAAAAAUAGGACCCUGUACAUGCAAACUAUACAAUCUAUACGACAGAGAACGAAAGAAAAUUUGAAGAAAUCUCUUCAAGAACUUGGUCUCACCCACGGCCAGGAGAUAUACGUAGCUGAUCCAACAACACCCAAUGCCUUAGUAUUCAAACUGAACUUUACCACUGACAUGGAGCACAAAUAGGGAAGAGGAAAAAAUAAAAACAAUUCCUUGUUUUUCUUUUUCAUCAAGUGAGGACCAAGUCAAGUGAACAUGUGAUUUUGUCUUUAUCAUAUAUAAAUAUAUAUCGUGCGGGCAGAUAGUCUGUCAUCUGUGUCAGUACUUUCCAGGGUCUUGCUUUCUCAAGGUUGCCAACUGAACGGUCUUCAAAAGACAUAUUUUUGUUGCUGCAACAGUCAUCAUGUUAUGUGCAAAUUGAAAUAAGUAAACUCGGAGAAUGAAUAAUAGUAAGGGAAGAAGUGCUAUAUAAAGAACUGCAUCUGGAACAAUUACACUUUCAAGUGAAUUUCAGGACAAGAAUUUUGGAAUUAAUCUCACUGCACUCCAAAGCCAAAUAAUUUUUAAAUAUUUACGUUAAUUCGACGGGACUUUUUUGAAAAAAUAUUAAAUGAUUUGAUCCUAAAAGAGCAGACCUGACUCUACAGAUGGGAUGAAGUCCGAAGUUUACAACGAUUGAAAUGCUUUCAAAUGCAUAUACUUAAAUGCCAUACAAAUACAUACGUGAAGUUUUACGUUUUACUUAAUCAUGGAAGAAUGAUAACAAGAAGAUGUGUCAGUUUUAGAAAUAAUGUAUUAACUUGAACAAGUUUCAUAUUAAAAGAGAAAAAAGAAAUCACGAUGAGCAUAUCUUGGAACAAUAUUGUGUACCUGCAUGUAUAUAUCAUCAUUGUGACAAGUAAUCAAAGUAAAAAGGUAGACCUACAUGUCUUUUAUUAUUAUUAUUUAUU